CGGAUGAAAUUCCGCUCGACCCUCUCUGAGUCUGGCUUGAGUCGGAGCGGGUGUUUUUUUUUUCAGGAGGGAAACUUUACCAGGUUUAACGCGAUUUGAACACGUUUAAUUGCCAUAGAUUUGUCCCCCGAGCCAAAGCAACCAUAUUGAAAGGAGUCCAUAAAUCAUGUCUGGCAUCGCAUUGAGCCGGCUUGCCCAGGAGCGCAAAGCAUGGCGGAAGGAUCAUCCUUUUGGAUUUGUUGCUGUACCAACCAAAAACCCGGAUGGCACCAUGAACCUCAUGAACUGGGAGUGCGCUAUCCCUGGCAAAAAGGGGACUCCGUGGGAGGGAGGCCUUUUCAAACUGCGCAUGUUGUUCAAGGAUGACUAUCCUUCAUCACCUCCAAAAUGUAAAUUUGAGCCUCCUCUCUUUCAUCCCAAUGUGUAUCCAUCGGGCACAGUAUGCCUUUCUAUCCUAGAGGAGGACAAGGACUGGAGACCAGCCAUUACAAUAAAACAGAUCCUAUUAGGUAUUCAGGAACUUCUAAACGAGCCCAAUAUCCAGGAUCCAGCCCAAGCAGAGGCUUACACAAUCUACUGCCAAAACAGAGUAGAGUACGAAAAGAGAGUGCGAUCACAAGCCAAAAAGUUCUCUCCCUCGUAAAGGCAAGGACGGGUUGUCUUGCUGUGGCAGAAGGAAUCACCUCCCCGCUCAGUCACAAUGAAUGUGCUCCCCUCACAUCGGGACUUGCUUAAAGACUUCUAUUUAAACUCUCCACAUUCUGUGCCAUCCACACCCACCCCUUAUGACCUGUCUUUUUUUUUUUUUUUGUUGUUGUUGUUUGUUUGUUUUGGCGCCGUUCGUUUUGCUCUAAAUGGCCGGUCGGGGCGUCACGCGGAGAGGGGAUCGGUGCUUCAGCACCCUGGUCAUUUAUUUUUAAACUUUGUCUUAUGUGGUGCAAGGGAUGCGACUCCAGUCCAGUUUGAUCGAGUCCAUGCAAGCUGGCCGUCAUCCGUGUCCAUGGAAGAACGUUUUUUUUUUUUUUUGGUUUUUUUUUUCCUCGCUAUCUCCCCCUCCCUCUCUCUUCUUUUCCACACAUUUAAUGUACAUGUCUGCUUAUUUCAUUGUCAGUAUUUCAACUGCUGUCUGAUGAAUGGCACUUUUAUACUGUUGUAUUUCACUUAGUGUCUCUAGAUGGUCUAAUUCUUUCCUGGGUUUUUCUAUUCAGCAUGCUGUAACAUAUGAUAGAAUCUGCUGCCUUGGCUGUCUUUUUGUUAAUUCCGGGUGUUUGGUUCUUUGGAGGAGUAAAAAGGCUGCGAACGACCGAGGCAGGUAGGCAUACCAUUGUAUCAGACUUUAAGGUGAAACGGUGCUUUGUUCAUGUAUGUGUUGCCGUAAAUAAAACUUUCUACAAAA